UUGGUACAUACAUAUUGGAAGUUGCUGUCACUAGUGGGCUUGUUAUUAUUCCUCAGAAAUAUUGUCUUUGUUGUACAACAUGUCUAAGGAAAAAAACUCGCAACGAGCUAAUUGCAUUUGUUAAAUGAAAACAUUUUUCCCAUGGAACGUAGAUCUAUAUUCUUGUUGCAAUUUUUUAAAAGACAUGCUGCAAGUGUAAACGUGAGAAACCCAUGAGUAACUGUUUCCAGACUCCAUUAAUUGGAAAUGAAAAGAGUAGUGACUUUGAAAAUGUAUAUGAACCAUCUGAGGAUUCAUUUCUUCUGCUCGAUGUUCUAGAAAAAGAGCAUAGUUUCUUACAAAAUCUUAACCCUUUAAUCUGUUUAGAAGUUGGAUGUGGCUCUGGUAUUUGCAUUACUUUCCUCUCCCAAAUCCUACAAAAGCCAUCCAUUUUCUUAUGUACGGACAUUAAUUCCAAGGCUGCAAAUAUGGCAAGGUUAACUGGUGAAAAGAAUAAACAAAGCAUUAAUCCUGUUGUGUGUGAUCUGACAAAUGCAUUAGAAGAUCGCAUCAAAGGAAGCGUUGAUAUUUUGUUGUUUAAUCCACCCUAUGUUGUAACACCUUCUGAAGAAGUUUCAAGUAACGGGAUAUCUGCUGCAUGGGCAGGAGGUGUUAGGGGAAGGGAAGUAAUUGACAGAUUUCUGCCAAAAGUUAACUUACUUCUGUCACCCAGUGGGGUUUUCUACAUGGUUGUUGUCAAAGAAAAUGAUCCAGCCGACAUAGAGCAAGCCAUGUUACAAUUUGGGUUUGUGACUCAGUGUGUUGGAACUAGACGGGCUGGCCCUGAACAUUUAUCCAUUCUCAAAUUUACCAGGUUGAAAAGUCUAGGACAUUAUUGUGACAGCAGCAAACAGUUAUCAAAGGACUUAGAGAAAUUAUAAUAAAACAAUUUUUUUAAAUAAG